GGGUUGCGGGACUGCUCCCCGGCCUUUCUGGGGCCGGUGGCGCUGGUGGCCCCGGCUGCAUUGGGGCGGCCUGCCUGGGGCGGAGACCUCCCGGGGGCCUCUUCCCACCGGCGGUGGAGCCAGCGCCUGUCUCGGCUUGGGUGGGGAGCGCGGAGCCGGGCGGGGCCGCGCGCGGGCACCGGGAGACGCGGCGCGGCCCGUGGGUCAGGGGCCGGUCCCCGCGGCCCGGGCGACCGCGCGUUGGGGGCGUCGCAGGUCGGCGGGAGACGCGCGGGGAGGGAGCGCCCGGCCAGACCUACCUUGUCAGCAGUCUGCACUCCCUUGCUAGGAAAACCGACAAGGAAAGAAUGGCCGUGGAUUUGCUGCCCACGAAGGUGACAGAGAUAUAGUCUCGCUUGGGACAAAGACAUGGAAGGAGCAAAGACACCCUCAGCGAACAUUUAUCGAGCACCAACUGUGCACAGGAUGCUCUGCAAGGGCACCGGAGUCACAAAGAGGAAAGGCGAUAUUUCUGUCUCCGGGGAGUUCAUGGCACUGACCUUAGGAAAUGAUUCAACAUCCAAGAAGAGCAGGAAAAGAUCCUGGUUGCGGGGUCAUUUCGAGCUGACACUGAAGGCCAGAGCUGCUGGUGGAGUCUGUGACAUUCAGGGACGUGGCCGUGUUCUUCAGCCAGGACGAGUGGCUGCACCUGGAUUCCGCGCAGAGAACCCUGUACCGGGAGGUGAUGCUGGAGAACUACGGCACCCUCGUCUCGCUGGGGAUUCCGUUCUCAAGGCCGAAGGUGAUCUGCCAGUUGCAGGAAGGAGAAGAUCCCUGUGUGGUGGACAGGGAACUCCCUUGGGAUGCCUGUCUAGGUCUCAAGACUCGGCCUGAAAUGGAAGCCUUGCCUCCCAGGCAGGGCAUUUCUAGAGAAGAAACAUCUCAGGGAAUAAUAAAGAAAAGGUCCGUUAAGUGUGGUCUCUGGGACACCAAUUUUGGACAAACUUUGGGAUUUGAGAGCGGGACAGAACAGGAGCAACAAAAGAAACCUCUUAGGCAAAUGGUGGCCUCCCACAGAAAAACCGUGAGUGGAGAUGUAAAGCAGACAAGUCUUGAAUUGGGGAAAGGCUUACUUAUAAAUACAAUUCUUGUUACACAGCAGAGUGUUCCUAUAGAAAGGAUACCCAAUGUAUAUUACACCUUUGGGAAAGAGUUUAGACAGAAUUUUGACCUAAUGAGAUGCUUCCAGAUUUAUCCAGGAGAAAAACCUCAUAUUUGUCACGAAUGUGGGAAAAGCUUUGCCCAGAGUCUCCAUCUGAUUGAACACCAGAGAAUUCAUACUGGCAAGAAACCCUACAGGUGUGAUGAGUGUGGGAAAACCUUUAGCCACAGAUCAUCCCUUCUUGCCCAUCAGAGAAUCCAUACGGGAGAGAAACCUUACAAAUGUAAUGAAUGUGAGAAAGCGUUCAGCAGCAGUUCGACCCUGAUCAAGCAUCUGAGGGUGCACACCGGAGAGAAACCCUAUCACUGCAAGGAAUGUGGGAAAGCCUUCAGCCAGUGUUCAACCCUCACCGUACAUCAGAGAAUUCAUACCGGUGAGAAACUCUAUAAAUGUGCUGAAUGUGAGAAGGCCUUCAAUUGUAGAGCAAAACUUCAUAGACACCAAAGAAUCCACACAGGGGAGAAACCCUAUAAAUGCAGUGAGUGUGGGAAACGUUACAGCCAGUUUGCAUCCCUGGCUGAACACCAGAGGUUUCAUACUGGGGAGCAGCUGUGUAAGUGCUUGGAAUGCGGGAGAACCUUCACACGCAUCUCAACCUUUCUCGAACACCAGCGAAUUCAUACCGGCCAGAAACCCUAUCAAUGUAACGAGUGUGGGAAAACCUUCAACCAGUAUUCCUCCUUCAAUGAACAUCGUAAAAUUCACACCGGGGAAAAGCUCUAUACCUGUGGAGAAUGUGGGAAAGCCUUUGGUUGCAAAUCCAACCUGUACAGGCACCAGAGAAUUCACACUGGAGAGAAGCCCUACCAGUGCAAUCAGUGUGGGAAGGCCUUCAGCCAAUAUUCUUUCCUCACCGAACAUGAGAGAAUCCAUACCGGAGAGAAACUCUACAAGUGUAUGGAGUGUGGGAAGGCCUACAGUUACAGAUCCAACCUGUGCAGACACAAGAAAGUUCACAUGAAGGAAAAACUCUAUAAAUGGAAGGAGUAUGGGAAGCCUUUUAUCUACAGCUCCUCCCUUACUCAGUAUCAGAGAUUUCUUAGAGCAGAUAAGCCCGGUGAAGUUUAAUUCUUCUCUCAAAUAAUUCAAGACUCCUCACCGAAGAAUAAUAAAUAGGGCACAGACUCCGGAUUAGAUUAAAUGUUUUGGGUUUGUUUUUUUUUGUUUUUUUGUUUUUUUGUUUUUUUUUUUGCUUCUGGAGAAAAUAUGAUAGUUCCCACUAAGUCAUGGUGAAAUUGAUCAGUAGGAUUAUGAAGAGUACUGAUUUAUCAAAAUUUCUAAGAACAUUAAAUGCUAAUAAGGUUUCUAAGAACAUAGAAAAAAUGUUUAAUUCGUAGAAAAAAUAUAAAAGGCCUAACAAAAAAAACAUGAAAAUAAUGGCAUAUACAUUUUAUUUGUUUCAUUAGAGUUUACUCCCUUUCUAAGAGCAAGCUUUGAUAUGAAUUUUCUUUUAAAUUAGUCAUUGAGUUAAUGUGAAUAAGCGUGAGGCCGUAUUUGCUAAAAUGGCAAGCAAGCAUAGGACACGCUUUUUUCUGUAAAGAGAAACUCAAGGUAAAAAGGAAUUCUUUAAAUUCAAAUUUUCAUGUGGAAAUAAUGAAGCUCACUUUUUAUGAACUGCCUCAGCGGCAGGUUGUAUAUAUAAAUGUAUGUGGACAUAGGACAUACAGACAUACACACAUAGCUUUAGAAUAUAUGUAUAUUUUUUCCAAAAGUCUCUGAUGAAUAAAAAAUUAAUUUAGAAUUUCGUUUUGGAAAUUAAAAUUUUGCCCAAAUGGAAUCUCUUUUCCUUUUCCUUAUAUUAUUUCUUAAUUUGAUAGGAUUUGACACUACUGAAUAGAGUCUUAGGAUAGUAUUAUAGAAGGUGCAGUGAACGAAAGCAAGGGAGACUGUCGCGCAAAUACUCUCUCAUCUGUUGCAGAAGGGUAUGUAUUUGCAGAAUCUGACUGUAUACCUGGUAGCUUAUUAGAGCCAGGAGGAAUUUUCAUUUACUAACAAAAUUGAGCCUAUUGGGCAGAGUCAAGGCUAGAAUCUAAGUUUUCAGCUCUGGUUUUCUAGGAUAAUUAUAGAUACGAAUUAUAAUCAUUGGCUUCCAACCUCAAGUCCUAAGAGUACUAGUCACUGUUUAUUUUGUAAACUGGUUAGGCACAAUUGCAGUAAUUUAAGCAGCUUUAUUUCUAUGUUUACCAGGUUCCCCCAACUGCAAUCGUACAGUCUCAUUCUUUCUUUUUCUUCUAUGUCCCUAAUUAUACCUGCUUUUAUAAUAACUGUACAUAAAUCCUCAGACUCAGCUUAGGUCCAGAUGGUGAAAUUGCUUUUGGGGUUUUCACAUAUAAGAUUGCCUUUUAGUUUGUUUUUGUUAUUCAUCUUUUAGGAAUUCUUUUGUGUAAAGUGAUAUGUGAAUAUUUUAUUAUUAAACAUUCUAGUCAUCAGUUAAAAUUGGCUUUCCAAACAUUUUCCAUAUUUUUAACAUACAUUGCACUUCCCACAAUUUUAUAUCUCACUUUCACAAUUGGUAUCAUUUAAAAAAGUGUUCUAAUAAAAGUAGCUAGAACCUUCUGUCUGAGAAAGGUUUUAGAAUUAAAUGCAGGCAUUCAGCAUAGCAUGUUUCUUGACUUGCCUUAGCUCAUUUGAAAACAUCUUUUUAUAUAUUUAAGUAUACUUACAAGGAAAUGAGCUUUUAAAAAGACCUCAGUGUGUCUGAGGUAUCUUUUUAUGAAACAGAUAAAAAAGAUAGCACUUCAAGACAAAGCACUCAAAAGAUAAUGUCAGAAGGACACGGGAGCCAUCUUGAAGGUGCUCUCACUGGUCAAAUUUAAGAUAAUUUAAACAUCAAAAAUAACAGUCAAUGUAACUGGUUAUAACAUGCUAAGUAAAAAUGAGCCCAUAAUGAAAAAAAUGGUGGAAAAAAAAGGAAAGCUCUCUAUAAACUAAUCCGAAGAAUGCCAUCUUUUAACUGUAUAUGGAAUGACAGAUUUAGAAAAAUCACUUUUAUAACCCUUUAUGUGAUUAAACUAGGUAAAUUGAAUGGAUGAUAAACCCAUUAGGUGAAAAAAAAUUUAAGGAACAUUAUAUGGUCUCAAAGUUCACAAAUACCAAUUGCAAAGAAAAGAUACACCUUUCUAAUGGAGAGAUCUGGCUGUCAAACUGAGUUUCACUACUGGUGGGACAACCUGACAUUGUGUGGCUCCUGAUGAUAUGCAGUAUGAAGCACACGUGAUCAUCUGUGAUGUAUUCUUGCCAAGAGUGUUUAAUGAAAAUCUAAUUAAACCUCUUAUCCAGAUUUAUGCUCCUAUUCAUAAGAAAGACAAGAGAGCAACAAGUCAAAUUCCACGAUGAGGAAAUAGACAAACCCAGAGUUUGAGACUUUGUACAAGACAACUGGUCUGGAUUUUUCAAGAAGCCAACAUAGUAGAACAAAAAGGAGACUUCUAGAUUAAGGCACUCAAGAGUCAUAAGCAAGUUGUGAUCCUUAGUUGGCUUCUGAUUCAGAAAAAUUAGAGCAACUAUAAAAGACAUUUGGGAGGGGGUACUUGGGGGAACUAUGAGGAUGGAAUGGGUUUUAGAUAAUGUCAUAUGUUUAGUUUUCCUAGAAGUGAUGGUGGUCUUGAGGUAUUUAGGAUGAUGUCCUUAUUCUUAGAAGAUGCAUGUAAAAGUUUUCAAGUUUAAAAAGUCAUGGUGUCUGCAGCACAUUUUCAGAUAAAUAUGUAAAGAAUUAGUCAACUGUUGUGAAAAAUUAGUCAACUUUGUGGAGGAUAUAGAGAUGUUCAUUGGUCAUCCUUUACAUUUUUCUGUAUGCUUAUAAUUUUAAUAAAAAAUUGAGGCAAAAAGUGAUUGCAUAAUGUGAUGAAGCUUCCAGUCAGAAUUUUUCCUUUAGGAGCACCUGGGUGGCUCAGAUGGUUAAGCGUCUGCCUUCGGCUCGGGUCAUGAUCCCAGGGUCCUGUGAUUGAGCCCCGUGUCGGGCUCCCUGCUCUGCGGGAAGCCUGCUUCUCCCU